AUGUCCAAUAAACUCACUCUGCUACUUGCCAUUAUUGGCCUCAGCUCUCAAAUUAGAGCAUUUCACGUUAUUUCGAACGUGGAAGAUGGCGUUGUGGGGAACAUUGACAUUGAGACAAAUCCCUUUAUCAAGAUCGGCAAUGGAUAUUAUUAUAUAGAGACCCAGGCGGAGAAGAAUUGGUAUGACGCGUUUGAAUCCUGCCGACGAAUGGACUCCCAUUUGGUAUCCUUUGAAAGCAUUGACGAGUGGAAAGCCAUAGACCGUUAUCUGUGGGAUAACAAGAUUGAUAACGGAUACUGGACCUCAGGAUCGGACUAUGCUUCUCUGGAAAAACACGAAUGGUUCUCAACAGGAUUGCCGGUGUCUUUGGACAUUUGGGCUCCAGGGCAGCCCGAUAAUUAUAUUGACGAGCAUUGCGAUGAGAUUGGAUAUAAAAGGGAAAUUUCACAUCAACAUCGUUUAAACGACCUUCCAUGUAUAUGCAAACGACGUUACAUUUGCGAAGCGUCUCAGGCAAAAACAGCUUCAUUUGUCAUUUUUUAAGUUUAAGAAUAAUUUAAAUUCCAGCGGGUUUUUAACUGUGGUAUUUUCUUAUCACAAAUGAAUC